UGUGCUAGUCAUCAUAAUAAUAUUAUGAUGACUAACACAAAGAUUACUUCUCACAGACCAAGGACGUUCAUGCGCAAUCGGACGUAAACGUUGGCAUUAUUUAGGUGACAAUAUGUUGCUCGGAAACAUGUUAAGCGGCCGAUGAUCACUUAAAGAUUCCGUAUUUAACUUUAAGAUUCCGUAUAUAAACGUCUUCCACAAUACAAGUUGUCUUAAUCGUCGAAAACUGGUAUCUUUAAAAUUGUUCGUAUACAAGAACAAUUACCGUUAUAGGCAAGAUUAGUGACGUCACGUGUGGGCGUAUUGUGCCAACUGGUGGUUGAUCUGAUUCGGUGGCUAAUCUGAACAUGCAUGACCUCUAUCCAUAGUUCGUUUGUGCUCGGUGGGGACUGCACGUAGGCCCUAUUCUUGCUCCCGUCUGGAUUACACGUGUGUAUGUACGUCCCUCGUUUUUUAUUUGCGGUGAGUGAUCGGUUCGAGUUGAACGGCUUUGAACUGUAUGCAUGAACUUGAUUUUCACCAUUAUCAACUUGUCUCGCAACUUCCAUGGAAGGAUUUGUCAGGAGGGAACGAACACAGUGCACCUACUUGUUAAAGUAACACCUCACAAGUUUGUGUUGGCAUUUUGUCUUGACGGGUACCUCGCUACCCCCGUAGUGUGCGAAAAAACGGGUGUAUUUUAAGGCGAGUUUGGUGCUGAGGAGAUUAUUGUUCAGCCGUCAUAAUGGGUCGACCAACGGGUGGAGUAUCACCAACAUCAAACACAGAGAAUGAUUAUUGGGGUGAUAUGGAAUAUAUGAUUGUAAUAGCUGUUUUAGCAACUGUACUUUUCCUUGUCAUCAUCGUGUGUAUUACUAAGUGUAUUUGUUCAAAGUGUUGCGGUAGAACUUUUAAAAUAACGUGCGAAGAAUUUCAGGCGGUUUCGAUUGAUCACGUGAAUGUCGACGAAGCCGAGGACAUUACCUCUGGAGGAUAUUACAACCCCCGUAGAGGUCGAGACGUGCCGUGGAUUACCACUACUUAUAGUAACCGAGGUUUCAAUGGGGGAUUCCUGCAUGACCCACUGCCGUCCGGCGUGUCAGGAUCACCCCCGCAAUUUUGGGAGCUAGGAGAUGGGAACCCGCAGGUAAGAGCCCUGGAUGCAAGCUCACUUACCGGCCAGUAUACAUACACAUACGACGGCCAUUUUAGAGCACGUAGUGAUGAGACGCCAUCGCCAAUACCUGCUCUGACUGAUGGAGGGAUGGGGCCAUCCUUCCAGGCGGACCAUCAGCUACAGGAGUUGGUGAGAGCUGGAAUGUCCCAGAGUGAAACCAUCAUGGUGGGGAGUAAACUUGUUGUUUUCAUAUCCCGCGAAGUGAACCAUCUCGGUGACACGUUAGUCCUGAAUGAGAUGGGUAUCUCUCUGACGAUCCCACCUCACGCCAUUGAGGUUGGACGCACCGAGCGCAUCUCACUCAUCCUGGACUGGGACUUGGGAGACUUUCCAGGCAUGAGUGACGAUCAGACAAUCAUCAGCCCCGUCGUCCACUGUGGGCCCCAUGGACUCAAGCUGAACAAGCCUGCCAUGCUGAGCUACAGACACUGUGCUUACAACAUCAACGACGUUUCUCUUGUGGCAAGUCAGACCCACCUCAUGCAAAACAAGGACUGGAAGGAGGUUUGCUCUAAGGAGGACAGUAUUAGACCCUACACACUUUUCCCGAAUGAAGUGCAGGUCCAGGUGUCACAUUUUACUCUUUAUACCUGCAUAGCUGAAGGUAAAACAUCACCAAAUAAAGGGAUAAAAAAGUGGAUGCAGCUGGCUGUGUUCGGUGGGAAGAUGCGCGCCAAACAACACUACGAAAUCCGCGUGUAUUUACUGAACAACACCCCGUGCGCACUGCAAUUUGCCGUACAAAAUGAGGCGAAGAACCAUUUCAAGAUGUUGUGCCCCCGGAAGGAGUUCUUGUUCCAUGGGGAUGAUCAGGACAUGUUGGCCACCGUGCAACACGUCAACGAAGGGUGGUCACAUCGGUUGGACGACCGGCAAGAACGUGUACCAUUCCUCAACAUUUGGCAUGGCAAGUGCCCCCAUGUCUCUUUUAUCUUCAAACACGAGAACGAGCACGUGCGGGACAUAGAUGUCAGACUGGUACUUCACCAGCAAGGCAGGGAAACAAUUGAAUCGGAUAAGACGUGUUUAAAAGUCCUUGCCUCCAUGAAAUCUAACUCAUCAUCCAAGCGCAACCUUGAGAACAUUGGAAACUCCAACAAGGCCGUCAUCAAUGUGUUUCCCUCGAGCAAGCGUAGAGGAUCGGGAAAGAGAAGACGCUACGACAGCACCUCCAGCGUCAGCAGCAGGUCAGGAAGCAUCAGCUCAUUGUCUUCAGAUGUUAGCUCAUCCUCGAACUCAUCAGUGCCUUCAUCAUCAGAUACCUCAUCAGACAACACAUCAAACUCAUCGUCAGAUGACGAAUUGGCUAAAACCACUGACCAACCCACGCAACAACCGUGCACGCAAAAUAUGAAGAUUAUCAUAAACGGAGAUGAAUCCCCUUCUCCGACUGACUUCUUGAGUCAGGCUGGCUCUCCACGGACUAUCUCCCACGAGCUCUGCAUGGAGUUGGUGCUGCUCCUAGACCCAUUGGCUACUCUAGGAAAUGACUGGCGCAUCCUCGCAAGUGCCUUGGAGUUAGACUCCUUGAUACCACUCUUGAAGGACACUCCGGCUUACAAGCCCACUGAGACUCUGCUGGAGGAGGUGGAACAUCAGUGCAAAGGUUUGCAGUGGUUGGCAUCUGUCAUGAUCCAGGCACGGAGACUUGAUGCUGCUAAUGCUGUCAUGAAGUAUGUCAAUACGAACAAUACGUGUGCUGAAAAUGAAUCGUGAACUGUGAACUAACACUAAUAUUGUACAAGUCCUAAUGAUACUGCCAUAGUUAAAACCAGAAUUCUGAUGCUGCUUUGUCUGUACUCUUUUUGUGUAUUUUGUCAGUUGGCCUAUGCUGACACAUACUCGUAAACACUGUCUAAAUUAUUUUGUUUGAAUGAACCACUUUCUGAAAAACUAUAUUGAAUAUUUUUAGUUUAGUUCGAAAAGAAUAACUCUUUACGAUUGGAGCUUAUAGUCAUGUCACACUAUGCAAGUUACACGUUCCAGGCAAUCUCAAACCAGUAAGAAAACGCCACUCACAUUUGAACGUUCACCUAUUUUUCUUGUACGAACAAUAUACUCGUGUUCUACUGAAGCGGUUCUGUAGCAUGCACUGCAGUUGGUUGUUUCUAGUCUAAGUUGUCUGGAAAAAAUGGCCUCGUGGGCCCUUCAAAACAAAAUCAUUGUCCUCGGUUUCAAUCAGAAAUGUUGUAAGAGUGAAGUGAAUUUUUUUAAGGAUGCAACUUUUUGUGGUGAUUGCACUUCCUGUUUUUAUCAACUUUUGAUAUGAAAGGGGGGGGGGGCACGUCUCAAAACUUGUUCAGCGGUAUACUUUUAUGAUGCAUGAUUAAUACAAAUGUAAGAUAUGACACAACGUAAAACUUCUCAUAUGGCCAAAAACAGUGUAUAGCCUGCCUGCCUUUGUGGCUAUGGAAUUUCACUCUUUUUGUUUAAAAAAAAUGUUUACGUGUUCAAUGAUGAGCGUUACGAACAGGGCAACCAAUAGUUGCGUUUCGUGCACGUGCUAUUAUUUCCAGCGUGGCAAGCAUGAUACAAUAGUGCGGAACCUGAGAAUUAAAGGGUAUACCUUGUUGUAAUCUCAAACUUGCGAUUGUUAAGUUGUUGGAAUGUUUUUAUGUAGUGGUUUGUAUAAAAAUGCGUGUUGAUAGGGUGUAGAGAUAACCAAUCCGGUUAAUCACGUGAACUUUGUCCUAUAUUUAUUAUUCUUUGUUCAUGAUUAUUAUUCGUGCAAGUUGCACUGUUGUAUGUAAAACUAUUUCUCUAUGAGAAGCAAAUGUAUGACACAUUUUGUCCGGGCAGGUAGAAAAUUCAAUGUAUAUAUGUCUGUCCAAAGGGGUCCCAUAAUAUCCGAAUACGAGCGAGACUUGCAUGGUAAUUUCUAUGAUUAACACAGACGCCAUUUUGAAAACAAUUUGGACCCCUACUUUUUUUCGAUACAUACCUCUUCAGUCAUGUUUAAAGGCAGUGGACACUAUUGGUAAUUGACAAAGACCAGUCUUCUUACUUGGUGUAUCUCAUC